ACUUUUUACUAUAAAAGAACUCCUCCAAGGCUGAGAGUAUGUUGCACUCGAACUUGAUUUUUUGUUGCCGAUUUCACUCAUCAACUAAUUCUAACAUCAUAUUCGUACUCAGCGAAUAAAACAGCGUCGAAUGAACUAUCAACCAUAGGAUCAAGACACAAAAAAAUAUUAGAAUCAGAACUUUGCUUUUGCUUUCCUUCUGUUAUAUUCUCUCUCCCGUUUGGAGUAGUUCUUUCAGACACGAUUUCAGACUUCCAAAUUUAUAUGGUAGAUAGAGGUAAAACUCACUCAAUUUCUGAUCAAAGGAGAAGUUGGUUCUGCAUCUCUUUCAGAUUUUACGAGCAUUUUGCUGAACACAGGUAAAAUGGAAUCGGUCGAUUUUCUAACGUAAAUAAGUUAUGUUUUCUAGAAAAGCUAGACGUCAGACCCUGUUACAUACCCAGUUUGUAGAGUUUUCAUUUCUGUACCUCAAUGAAUGACUCCACAACCGAUACAUGGUUAGAUCUAUCACAACGAGCUCUACAAAACUUGGCAGAUAAAGGUUUGGUUUAGCAUAAUUUUGAUAUCCGGCAGAGUCCUUCAAGUUUAGUCCUAAAGCUAAGAAAAAUAAAGGACUUCCGUAAUAUUCAUUUCAAAUAUGUCAGAUUUGACGAAAAACUUACCGUAUGUCGAUUUUUAGUGUACACUAGGAACAAUAUUUGAUUCAGAUAUUUAUUGGCAUUCUUCAACAUUUAAUGAAGGCCAUCAAAAUUUUGCAUUCAAUUCCGGUCGAGUCAACAAAUUUCCAAGUAUGAAUGAAUUAUUACGAAAAGUUCAGUUGACUCGUACGUUAAACAUUAUGCGUUCACUUUUUCCAACUGAAUAUGAUUUUUAUCCAAGAACGUGGUUUAUACCCGAACAAAGUCAACAAUUCAAAGACGAUGUUCGCUAUAUUCAUGAACAAGAUGAACGACAUAAACGCUCAUUAACAACAUUCAUCGUAAAGCCAUCCGAUGGUUCACAAGGUGAAGGCAUUUACCUCAUACGUAAUGUAUCGAGUUGUAUGAUAACAAAUCGUCCACAUGUAGUUCAGGAAUAUAUUGAGCGUCCACUAUUAAUUAACAAUUUAAAAUUUGAUUUGCGUAUAUACGUUCUUAUACUAAAUUUAUAUCCGUUAGAAAUAUUUCUCUAUGAUGAAGGAUUAGUACGAUUUGCCACUGUGAAUUAUAAGCCCCCAUCUAUGGAAAAUUUACAUCAGACAUUUAUGCAUUUAACAAAUUAUUCACUAAAUAAAAAGAGUGCCACUUACAAACAUACCUUGGAUGAUAAACAAACAGAUGGAAGUAAAAGAAAAUUAUCUGUAGUGUGGAAUCAAUUAAUUGUGAUGUACGGACAAACUAAAAUUGAUAAAACAAAACUGUUAAUAACAGAAUUAAUCAAUAAAACAAUAAUAGCCAUUCUACCCGAAUUAAGAGUUGAAUAUGAAUUUGAAUUGCCAAUGAGGAAAAAACAAAAUAUUUCAUGUUUCCAGGUAAUUAAAAUGUCCAUUGUAGGAUAUAUAUGUAUUAAGAACAUAUGCAUACUACUCUGGUUUCCUCAAGCUGUAAAUGGAUUUUUUCAACAUGGUCAAAUUUUGACUAGAUAUGAAAAGUUUCUAUUAAAAGUAUUUUCAUAGAAAGUCCAGCUCGUGACAAGUUGUGCAAAAGUCACCGAGACACUUUUCGAUAGUUGAUCUAACUGGACAUAUAAAUGCUUGAGCAACUAAUUGACAGAGUACAUUUCUGACAAGUUAAGGAGUCGAAUAAGCACUUACUCAAGUAGUUACUAAAUUAGUUAGUCAAUUUAAAUAUUUUACCGUUGUAUGUGGGAGGGCAUGAGAAGUGAGGUUGAUUCACUAAAAACUAAAGAAGUCGAGUACUUAGUAAGUCAUCAAACUAUAUAGUUAGAUAUACAGACAUAACAAACUAUAUAUACGUAAACAAAAGUCAAGGUGGUAAGGACUUUCUCAUUAAUUUCUUUCCAAGAUACCUAUUUAACUAAUGAAAAUUCUUACGAGGGAACCCCACGAAGUGAUUAAACGCUUUUUGCUCGGAAUCUAGUGGGUUAUAGGUUAUCGACCAUGCUGAUUACGAAUACGACCAUGCGGCUU